UCAAGUACGUUUUCAAUGAGGUCAGACCAAAUAGGUUGCUUUACACACAAAUAGAAAGUGCUUUGUGUUUCUGUUAUUAAAUUGCAACAUGGAUUCCUUAAAAUUAAAUCAACAGGUUUUAUGUUUGGCAUGGAUAAUUGUUUUAUAUUUUUGUUCUCAAGGUGUAUCUGUUUUAGAAGAGCAAACAUUGAAUCACUUGGAAGUUUGCAAUAGAAAUCAAACAUGCCGAAGUCCAAUGAAUGGAACAGUGGUUGCGGAAAUGUGUAACAAAGCUGGACUUGAUAUACAUGAUAGAUGUUGCCUUAAUACUACAGAUGCAACAGUUAUCAUCGGAAUAAACUUACAGAACUGUGGCAUCACAAAUGUUUCCAGAAUAUUUCACAAACUAGAUUUCCUAAAGGUCAUAAUGCUUGAAGAAAAUCCUCUACACAAUGUGACCAGUGAAGAUUUUGAGGACAUUUUGCACAUUGAUUAUCUGUCUUUGUCAUCCAAAUACAUAUGUCCUGGUGGUACCAGAUCAUGGGAAAAUAUCACCAUAGAGAAAAACAAGACAGUGUGCCAACAUGAAGUUGAUAUCUGCAAAGUUUAUAAUGUUUCCUGUCCGGAUAACUCCCACUGUGUGAAUGUUGCUCCAGGAUUAACAGAAUGUCUCUGCCUCCCUGGUUACCAUGGAUACAAAUGUUUACGAAAGGGAACAUUUCCAGCAUGGAAGUUUUCCAUUGGACUUGUGGCUUCAACAAUAGUGGUUGCAGCUUUUCUUUGGAUCACACAAAGAAGACAUGUUAAAAAAGAAGAUUAGUUGGUCGAAGGUGGCAGUGUUGCAAACAAUUAAAUUUGAAAUAGCUUUCUGUGAUAAAAAAAAAUUACAUUGCCAUAAGAAACAUAAUGAAAGAAGUAUUUUAUACUGACAUACAAAGUUGGACUUCCAUGGUGAUUCAUCCAUUUCUUGGCCCUUGAACUUGGAUAUACUUAGGAUAUACAAAAUAUUGUUGGGCACAGUAGGGAACACAUAUUGCUUUUGAAGGACUCUCAAAAUGCUCAUUUCAGUCAAGUUUUACAGCUCUGUUCGAUGUGUUAAUUUUUAUAAGAACACAUCAAAUACUGCUUGUUGCUAAAAAUUAGCUAAUGUACCUGAAAAGAAGAACCUAUUUUUAUACGCCCAUCUAUGAUGGGUCGUAUUGUGGUAUGGCAGUGUCUAAAUAUCUGUUAACGUUUUCUUGUCCGGAUCAUAUCUUGCAUAAUGAUACAUAUAGUACCAUCAAACCUUACAUGUAGGAACAACUUGGGAUGGCGGUGUGUCGUGUACUAUUACUAGGUCACUGUGACCUACUUUUCAGUCUACUGCACAUAACAGUAAAUCCUUGUCCAGACCAUAUCUUGCAUACAGGACCA